UUGAAGCACUAACAAUAAAAUCACAACUUAAAGCCAAUUCAAAACCUCCACCUAAUGCAGUGCCAUCAACAGCAGCAAUUACAGGAACAGUCCUGUUCAUGAAAAUUAUAACUUCAUGUCGAAAGAAGUGUUUCCAUUAUGGUUAGAAGAUCUAUCGGAGAGAAUUGGUAGUUCUCGAAAUAGUUCUAUGCGUUCCCGAAGAAAUCGAAGAGUAUCUAAUACAAAAAGUGCACGUUUUAGACCAAUUGAAACUUCAGUCCCUAUGGAUAUAUCUCCAACAAUACCUAAUAAAGCAAAUGAUUUAUUUGAUUUACUUGAUGAAGGUAUAGAUGUACAAAAACAACAUAGGGAAAAUUCUGCCCGUUAUGGCCGUCGAGCUAUUUCUAAUGUUAAAAAUAUAUCCAAUCAAACACUUAAUUAUGUUCCUGAUAAAAUUACAAAUCAAAAAUUAAAUAAUCAAGUUACUGAAGAUUUUCUCGAACAGUCAUGGACAUCAUUAAACAUAUUCAAUCGAAAGCAAAAAGGAAGGCUUACUAAUAAACGACAAGAUCGUAUAACACCAAUGAGUUUAUCUGUUGAAUCUGAAUUAAAUACUCAAAUUCCAAAAAAUGAAUCUCAAUCACAUACACCAUUUAUAAUACCUGAACUUCCAUCUGGAUCUAUUUUAAAAUUGGAUAUAACUAGCACUUGGGGUGAUCAACAUUACGUUGGUCUUAAUGGUAUAGAAAUUUUUAACAAUGAAGGUCAAUUAAUCAAUAUUACCAAAAUUUGGGCUGAUCCAUCAGAUAUAAAUGUAUUACCAGAAUAUACAACAGAUCCUCGAAUUGUUAAAAAUUUAAUUGAUGGAAUUAAUAGAACAAGAGAUGAUAUGCAUUUAUGGCUUGCUCCAUUUACUCCAGGUGCUCAUCAUUAUAUUUUUUUGGAAUUUGAUGAUGUACAUACGAUAGCUAUGAUAAGAAUCUGGAACUAUAACAAAUCAAGAAUCCAUUCUUAUAGAGGUGCCAAAAACGUAAACAUGUUUCUAAACUCAGAGUUAAUAUUUCAAGGUGAAAUAGUUAGAGCAUCUGGUGGUAUUGUAGGGUGUACAGAUGCUUUUGGUGAUACAAUAUUAUAUACACUAGAUGAUGAUAUAUUAGAAAAUAUUGCACAAAAUGAUACAUCAUUUUCAAUAUUAUUAGAAGCUAACAAUACAGUUAACUCAAUUUCAAUUGAACCACAAGAACGUCCACUCACUGCUGAUACUGGAAUUAUUAGGCCAUUAACAUGUGCACAACCAAUUAUCACAAAUAUAUCUUCUGAUUCUUCUGAAUCCCAUACAAAAACAAAAUAUCAAACAACUGGAUCAGUAUUAUGUCAACAAUCAUUGACUAUUACUGUUAUUUCUACUUGGAAUUCAUUAGAUAAUUCAGGAUCGAUGAAUACUUUUAAUGUUGUUGGAUUACAAGGAUUAGAAGUAUUUGGAGAAACUGGUGAUGUAGUUAAAAUAGAUAAUAUUAAAUGCAACACAACCACAUCUAAUGUAAACAAACUAUUAGAAUGUAGUAUUACUGAUAAAGAUGAAGAUAUGUGGACUUGUGAGUUACCAGAUGAACCAUUAACUUUGACGCUCAACUUUUUAGCACCAGUCCAUUUGUCAGCAUUGGUUAUAUGGAAUUACAAUGGAUCAAUAGAAAAUUUAGAUUGUGGCGUGAAAUUUAUAAAACUUAAAAUUGAUGAUCGAGAAUUGGUUGAAAGAGGUACAGUACAUAUAAGGCGUGGUCCUGGACAUUGCCGAUACAAUUUUGGUCAAAAAAUUCCUUUACUUCCAAAAAAUUGUCCUACUCAAUUUAAUGAAAUUGUAACUAUUAAUCCUAAACAACAUUUAAGAAUCAAUAAUCCUGAUUAUGAACAUAUAACAGUUCCAACUGGAUUUGUUUACCAAAUAGCUUUAUUAUCAACUUGGGGUGAUCAAUAUUAUAUAGGUUUAAAUGGUAUCCAGUUAUUUGAUAAGUUGGGACAAAUCAUACAUUUGGAACCUAGAAAUAUAAGUUGUUGGCCAAGCAGUGUAAAUAUAUUACAAAGUAAUAAGAAUGAUAUACGUACACCUGAAAAACUUAUUGAUGGAAUCAACGAUACUAUGGAUGGUUCUCAUAUGUGGUUGGCUCCAAUUCUACCUUCCGAGGUAACCAAAAUUUAUAUUGUUUUUGAUGAACCUACUUCUGUAUCCUUAUUCAAAAUCUGGAAUUAUGCAAAAACUCCUUUAAGAGGAGUAAAAGAGUUUGCAAUUUUGGUCGAUGAUUUACUUGUAUACAAUGGCAUUUUAGAAUGUUUUAAUACUGCUUCAAACCUAAAUCAAUAUUCUACUGUAAUAUUUGAUAUUUCUAAAGAACAAAAUGAUUCUAUAUUAGAAUUGUCUACUGCAAAUGAAUUAAAUAGUUUGAAUAUUGAAGGCAUGGUAUUAGAUAAUGCAGUUGAUCAGUCGCAAAGACCAUUUACAUCAAUGUUACCAUCAUUGAGAUUACUAAAUUAAAAAAUCCUUAAAUAAUUAAUAAUUAAGGUUUUUAUUCUCUAAAAAUUUCAUAAACUAAUAAUAAAAAUUAAAAUAUCUAUUAUUCUUAAAUAAAUACAUUAUACAUUUGUACAGUCUUACUUUUUUAGUAUUAACAUUAUGCAAUUUUAUAUAAUUCUAAGCAAUAUAAUGUAUUCAAUAUAAGUAAGGCCAUAACUGGAAACAAAUUUUAGGGGGAGGGGGUCCAACAUUAUUAUUUAAUACAAUUUAUAGUUAAUAAACUAUAUUCACCGCUAAAAUGUUUCUACUUUUGAAAAUUUUGGGGGGGUCUGGACCCCUGGACACCCCACCACCCAGUUACGGCCUUGAAUAUAAGUAAAAAUUUACCAUUAAAAAGUACUUCUCCUAUUUUAAAAUUUAUUAUUAUAUCCUUAUGUAUAAAUAAUAAAUAUAUAAUAAAUAAUUAUGUAUAUUUUUCUGAUUGUACAUCCAACUAGACUUAUAGUUAUUAAAAAUAUAGAGAAUCAAAAAAUAUUUGGAAAAUGUAAUUUAUGAUCAAUACAAAAUA